GACCUUUUUGGCUCGCUGUAAAGCGCUGCUCCGGGCAUCCUCGAGAGGGCACGGCCACGGUCUACCGGCUGGCGUCGUACGUUCGGUGGAAAGUGAAAUCAUACCCAGUCCAGCGACGGUGCCCACGACGGGAGUCUUUUCUCCAACGUGUUCAAGUGAAUUGUGACCAGGAACGGGCGGAUGGGGGCGGAAAAUGCGGUGACCGAAAAGCUGGUGGCAUACGCGGGCGUUAUUGAUAGAUUGUGGCCAAGUGUGUCGCCCCGAGGGGGUUUCCGUGGGCCGUGUUUUCCGAGUGUGCCGCCCUCGGUUGCAUCAGUGCGUGUGGAAAAUCGGUGAAAAACACCGACCAACUAAUUCUCGGCGGCUGGACAAAAGUGUAUUAAAGUUGUACGCGCCGCCAACGGAAAGAUUGAAUGGGAAAAAACCAACGAAGGUGAAAGUGAUUCGAUGUUUGCCAAUUUCUGAAGUUCGUGAAAAGUGUCCUCCGGAGCGAAGCAAAGACGCUCGAAGGCGUGAAUUUUCUUGGGAGAUAAUUUUAGAAAACAACCCAACCAGACGUUUGUUUCGCAAUCGUGCUUUCUCUCGUGCGUGAAGAUAAUUCCUCUUGCAAAACGCGGGUAAACCUAAUAAACGGAUGGCGCCGAAGGCGACCGCGUGAUAUGUUUUCGAAGGUGAGGAGAAAGAUUCAGGCGGCAGUUCGUGGAAAGUGUUUCAUUAGCUGGCUCUAAGUGCGCCAUCGUCAAGGACAUCCGGUGGACGUCUGUCGAAACGUAAUAAAAGUAUAUCAAGUCGUCAAACUCUUCCGCGAAAAAAAUGACCCAAGCAUCCGAAGCGUCGAAGACACCUCCGGCGACCGGGGUAGGGGCCGGAAGUGCGGCUACCGGACGGCCACGCAUCACCAUGCCCCCCGUCUACGUGCCACCGGCGGCGGCCGGCCAUCCACAGGCCAAAUAUUCCCCGGCCCACUACUUCCAACAGCUUCACCAUCAGCAACAGCAGCAGCAGCAACUUCUGCUCCAGAACCCGCUGUACGUUCCCGGAUCGGCGGCCAUUCCGGUGACGCCCGGUUCGCCGACCAGGAUCUCGCUCGGAGCUGACGGCACGGUCGAGGCGCCCGACUACACCGACUACUACUCGAUGUACCCGGCCAAGGCGGGCGAGUUCAUGUUCAAGCAGUUCGAGGGCUUUCGCGACUUCACGGUGAACACGGCCAAGUCGGGCCUGGGCGUCGGCGAGAAGUCCGUCUUCUGGAUGUACACCAAGAUCACCCGCUGGUCCCGGAAGUGGUUUACGCACUUCUUCCUCUUCCUCAUGCUGUUUCUCUACUCGGUGGCCGGGGCGGCAUUAUUUAUCGCGGUGGAAGGAACGCACGAGAAGCUGAUGGAAACCAACGUGAACCACGCGAAGCGAGAGCUGGCGAAAAAUUUACGCAUCUUAGCGAUGGAUCGUGAAAAGUUGGAGAAUCCGGAUCAGGACCUUUGGGAGGGGCAAGCCAUCAACCUGGUCGAGCAGUACAGUGCCGUUUUGUACCAGUCGUUCAAGGAGGGCUCGUUUGAGAGCAAGCAGACGAAGAAGACGUGGUCCUUCUGGAAUGCGGUGUUCUACUGUGGCACGAUCUACACCACUAUAGGUUACGGACACAUAUCUCCAUCUACCACGACGGGACGAGCGUUGACGAUUCUGUACGCGAUCAUUGGCAUACCGAUCUUCCUGAUCGUGUUGGCAGACUUCGGUAAGCUGUUUACACGGGGUAUAAAGUUCGUUUGGUCCUAUGUGCGUCGUCUGUACUACACUGGAUCGUUCCGGAAGGUUCGAAAAACAGCCCAGGUUCAGGAAGUGAUGAAGGGAUUAAAUGUCGUGUACGAUAUGGUGAGGCGACCGAGUGCGGACAAUGAGCUGCAGGGAGCUACGACGACGACGGCUACCACCAUCCCUCAGCCGCCAACCGCUCCGAGCCAAACGUAUCGAACGCAGGCCGAAAGCCAGCCGGGUGCAGCAACGGGAGGGGGAAUUGAGACGGUUCCGGUACCGGAAACACCUACCACGCCGAUCCCAGAGACGUUCGAGAUCGACGAUGAGUUUAACCUACCGAUCUCGCUCGCGAUCGUCAUCCUGGUCGGGUACAUGCUGUUCGGAGCAACGAUCUACUGCACCUGGGAGAACUGGAGCUUCUUCGAGGCGUUCUACUUCGUGUUCAUCUCAAUCUCGACGAUCGGCUUCGGUGACUACGUGCCACAGCAUCCGAUCUACAUGAUGUGCAGCAUCCUGUACCUGAUCUUCGGUCUCGCACUGACCUCGAUGUGCAUCAACGUGGUGCAGCUGAAGCUGAGCGAUAGUUUCCGGCAGGCCAGCGCAAAGAUCGGUGCCACCAUCGGGCUGCAGAUGGCCGAAGCGGAGAUGGCCUCCCAGCAUCACUCGCCGGUGCAGACACCGAUCGAGAUGGCCGGUGUCCACACGUCCACUCCGACCAGUGCCGCCAACGUCAGUCUCAACGGUACCGUCUUGAGCACUCCGGCCCUACCAGCCCGUCCGUCCAGCUCCGUAUCAAAACCGGAAAAGAAGGAAUGAUCGAUGUCCUGCGCGCGAACGAGGCGACGAUCGCUUCCGCGAACUCGUUCACCGUCCAUCCAGGGGUCGGAACGAUAUGCUCUGGAUGAGGUUCCCCUCGGGGCGAAGAAACUGCGCUGCACGCUUACAACCACUGAACGCACAAUCGGUUACACGUUCGGUGCCGGGACGGCUCGUGGACGGAUGUCGACGGACACGGAAACCGCUCUUUCGAUGCAUCUCUACUAGCUAGGUUUUACAAGAACUAUAUAGUUACUAAAUUAUACGCCGACUCAGUCAAAAGGUCGCUCAUGAACGUAAUGAACGGAGAAGAUUGUUAUUUAAUGCUGUAAGUUUAAGGACGAUUGGCUAGAAUGGCCAAGCCAGGCGAACACCGAACGCGGGUGUGGCUAUCCGUGGCCGUAAGGGUUGCGAAAUACUUUAUAAUGCGCUUCAAGCAAGGAGCUUCCAGCUGUGCUACUGCAAGACACAACAAAUGGUACAUCAAACAAAAAAACUGUUUCAACUGUUCAGAAUAUGUAUGAUCGAAAUAAAAGCUAAUAUAUAUUU